UAGGGGCCUAAGCUAUCGCAUAAGAAAUCAUAACUCGACGCCAACGCGGAGGGGGUUUGCCUCGCCGGCGCCAUCGUUCCCGUACUUUCUGUGCUUCGCUCACGUCGUCGGCGUUCGCCGCGGCCAGGGGUGUAACACCGCAUGGCGGCCGCCAGGCCGGUAUCCAUCGGGCGGCGGGCGGCGGGCGGCGAUGGUCCCGAAACCCCGAUUCCCAACGGCGAGCGCAACUCGACCACGGGAACGGCCGCAGGGGACGUGCUGCCGAAGACCCGCGAGGGCCAGCUGCUCGACUUGCAAUGCCCAUGCCCGUGCGCCGCGCGUCAGCGCGUGGACGCGAAGUCGGAGUCCGGAGGAAUGGAGGAUAUGACAUCGCGUGAAGGGCGGGCUCGGGAUCCGGAGCUGAUGACUGACCGGACGCGGGGUGAGAACCGCGGUGGCGACGACAGGAGGCGGCGACUGAGCCUUACAGUCACGCUGCAAUUCCAAGCCAAAACGCUGGCUUUGCCAGGACCCAGCUGCCUGAAGCAUUGCGGCGAUGUUGAGAUUCAAUACCCAUUUGGGGUUGGUGAUGGCUGUGCAAUGAAAGGAUUUGAGCUCAGCUGCAACAAUAAGGAUGGUCGCAGCAUCUUAACGGUCUUCGGCGUAAUUCCGGUGCGGAAAAUAUUGCUGCUCGAUGGCCAGGUUCGGAUCAUGAAACACAUCUCAUCCAUGUUCUAUAAUCGCUCGACCAAGGAGCUCGAGUACAGUAUGUGGGGCAAGGAUCUCUCCGGCACGCCAUAUACAUAUUCAAGGAAGUCUAACAUGUUUACGGUUAUCGGUGUCAACACUUUCGCAACCAUGACGGAUAAUGUUAAUGUGAUUUUUGGGUGUGUAUCGAACAGCUCAGCCUACAGCAACCUCGAGGCACAAGAUGGGAAGUGUGUCGGUGCCGGCUGCUGCCAGGUUGCACUCACCAGGGACAUGUACAAUGACGGUGUGGAUUUCAGUCCACUUUACAACACGACGAGUUACUACACCAACAGAAGCGCCACAGACAGGGCAGAAUACCAGGCAUAUGCUGUGAUAACAGAGACUGAUGCGUUCCAGUUCAAAACAACAUAUCUCAACACAACAGCCUUUUUGGAUGAGCAUGAUGACGGCCGUGUCCCAGCCAUCUUGAACUGGGAAGUGGGCAACGAGACUUGCGAUGUCGCGACGAAGAAAAACAAUUCAUAUGCUUGCCUCAGCACUAACAGCAUGUGCGUUAAUUCCAGCAGUGGAGGCUACCUCUGCAACUGCACCAAAGGAUACGAGGGCAAUCCUUACCUUCCUGAUGGAUGCAAAGAUAUUGAUGAGUGUGCUGCCAAACCACCUCCAUGCGCUGGCUGCAAGAACACACCUGGAGAUUACUCUUGUCCAGGCCCGAGAUCCUUGAACAUUGUGGCACUAGCUGUAGGUUCAAGCAUCGGGGUUGCAAUUGUGGUCAUAGCCAUCACCUGCACUUACUUGAUCCAUGAAAGGAAAAAAUUGGACAAAAUCAAGCGGAGGUAUUUCCAACAGCAUGGCGGGAUGCUUCUAUUACAGGAGAUAAGCUUAAAGCAAGGAACUGCUUUCACCAUCUUCACAGAAGCAGAGCUCAUUGAUGCAACAGACAAAUUUGAUGACAGGAACAUCCUUGGCCGUGGUGGCCAUGGCACUGUCUACAAGGGGAAGCUCAAGGAAGGCAGUCUGGUCGCAGUCAAACGCUGUGUUUCAAUGACCAGUGAGCAGCAAAAGAAGGAGUUCGGCAAAGAGAUGUUAAUCCUUUCCCAGAUCAACCACAAGAACAUCGUUAAGCUACUGGGCUGCUGCCUCGAGGUAGAGGUUCCAAUGCUGGUUUAUGAGUUCAUCCCCAACGGCACACUAUUCCAGUUCAUCCAUGGUAGCAAUGGCUGCCACAACAUCCCCUUCUCGACUCGCUUACACAUUGCCGUCGAGUCUGCUGCAGCCUUAGCUUACCUACAUUCAUGGGCUUCGCCUCCAAUCCUUCAUGGUGAUGUCAAAUCAUCCAAUAUACUCCUUGACGAGAACUAUGCAGCUAAGAUAUCAGACUUUGGGGCCUCGAUACUGGCACCGACUGAUGAGUCUCAGUUUGUCACACUUGUGCAAGGGACUUGCGGUUACUUAGACCCUGAGUAUAUGCAGACGUGCCAGCUGACGGAUAAGAGUGAUGUCUACAGUUUCGGGGUCGUUCUCCUGGAGCUUCUCACUGGCAAGAAGGCAUUCAACCUUAAUGGGCCUGAAAACGAGAGGAGCCUUUCACUACGCUUCUUAUGUGCUAUGAAGGAAGGCAGACUCAUGGACAUCAUUGACGACCGCAUCAAGAAUGAGGACGACAUGGGGUUGCUCGAGGAGGUCGCGGAGCUUGCGAGUCAGUGCCUAGAGAUGGUUGGCGAGAGUCGACCGGCAAUGAGAGAUGUGGCCGAGAAGCUGGACAGACUCAGCAAGGUCAUGCAGCACCCUUGGGUGCCUGCGCAACAUCAUCCUGAAGAGAUGGAGAGCCUGCUCGAGGAGUCGUCGAUGGUCAGUUUGGAGAUGACAGGCACAGGAAAUUUCAGCAUGGAGAAGAGGAUUGUGCUUCCAUCUGGGCGUUAGAGUUGUCAGCACAAUACCACAUAUUCAUAGUGAUGGUCUUGCGUGUGUGUGUACAUACUUCUGUUCGUUUCAGGGUAAUACAUACUCCAUAAUUACAUUUCGUUCUUUGGGAGAACUUAGUUAUCUGAUUUACUUGAGUGGCACUAAUGGAAACGUUAUUUACGUUUGCGGUGAAAGUUUUGUUGUGACUGGG